ACCGCCGCCGUACCGGAUCUCCAUGCCCCUCCGCCCCCCUCGGCCACAAGCACCUUCCUUUAGCGGGACAGGAGGAGGAGGUGAGCUCCUGGAAACAUGGCGUGCUGGUUCCGGAUGGACUUUUGUGCCGGAGAAAAGGACUCGAACCUCUUCGAACUCUUUGCCGUGCUGCGUCACUUGUUUGACGAGACAUGAAAGUUGUGAUGGAGAAGAACCGGGCUUCCAGGGAGAAGUUCUCUUUGUCGGGCUCUCGCUCCACCGCUCCAUCCUGCUCAGCCAUGAUGGCCCAAAAAAGGGCGGGGUUUCCAUCGGGGUCCAAACCCGGUUCCAACAAAGCCGAGUUCUUGGAGCGGGUGCGCUGCAGUAACCAGGCCUGCCAGCAGGGGGACUUCGCCCUGGCAGUGCGUCUCUACACGGAAGCCUUGACCUUGGACCCCCAGAACUGCGUCCUGUACAGCAACCGCUCGGCGGCCCACCUCAGGCUGGGUCGGUACAGCUCGGCGCUGGAGGAUGCCAACAAGGCGCGAGACCUCAACCCCAAAUGGACCAAGGCAUACUUUCGUCAGGCGGUGGCUCUGCAGUACCUCGGUCGCCAUGGAGACGCCCUGGCAGCGUUCGCCUCGGGCCUGGCUCAGGACCCAAAGAGUCUGCAGCUGCUGUCGGGCAUGGUGGAGGCCACCAUGAAGUCCCCCCUCAGAGACACCCUGAAGCCCACCUACCAGCAGCUCCGUUCCAUGAAGCUAGACAGGAGCCCCUUCAUGGUGGUGUCGGUCAUCGGCCAGGAGCUGCUGACUCACGGCUUCCACGCCGCCGCCGCCGCAGCGCUGGAGGCGGCGCUGAAGAUCGGCACGUGCUCGCUGAAGCUGCGUGGCUCCGUCUUCAGCGCCCUCAGCGCCGCGUACUGGUCGCUAGGCAACACGGAGAAGAGCCUGGCCUACAUGCAGCAGGACCUGGAGGUGGCCCGGACUCUAGGCGACCAAUCAGGUGAAUGCCGCACCCAUGGCAACCUUGGCUCCGCCCUGUUCUCCAAAGGCCGUUAUCGAGAAGCGUUGGCCAAUCACAGGCAGCAACUUGUCCUGUCCAUCAAGCUCAAGGACAAAGAGGCUGCGUCCGACGCCCUCAGCAGUUUGGGCCACGUCUACACGGCCAUCGGCGACUAUCCCAAUGCGCUAAUGAGCCACAAGCAGUGCGUUGCGCUAGCAACACAAAUCGGAUGCCGGCUCUCGGAAGCACGUCAGCUAGGGAACAUGGGCGCCGUCUACAUCGCACUGGGAGACUUCGUCAGUGCGGUCCAGUGCCACGAGCAGCACUUGGACAUCGCCAAGGCUUUGGAGAACCGCCACGAGGAGGCUCGGGCCUACAGCAACCUGGGCAGCGCCUACCACUCUCAGCGGGACUACGACAAGGCCGUGUCCUACCACACCCGAGUCCUGGAGCUCGCCCAGGAACUGGUGGACCGAACCAUCGAGAUGAGGGCCUUUGCCGGGCUGGGCCACGCGGCUCGAUGCACGCAGGACCUGGAGAGGGCGCUGCAGUACCACCAACACCAGAUGGACAUUGCUGAGGAGCUGCAAGACGUGGCAGCUCAAGGCCGAGCCUCCUCCAACCUGGGCAUCAUCCACCAGCUAAAGGGUGACUAUGAGAAAGCUCUGAAGCUCCACAAGGCUCAUCUGACCUUGUCCCAGGAGCUGGGUGACUACGCCGCCCAGGGGAGAGCUUAUGGCAACAUGGGCAACGCCUAUCACGCUCUGGGCCUCUAUGACCAAGCUGUGCAUUACCACCGCCAAGAACUGCACAUCUCACUGGAGGUGAAUGACCGAUCCUCCCAGGCCUCCACGCAUGGCAACCUGGCAGUGGCCUACCAGGCACUGGGUGCUCUGGACCGAGCCCUCCAGCACUACUUGCACCACCUGACCAUCUCACGGGAGCUUCAUGAUGCUCAAAGUGAAGCUCGAGCUUUAGCAAACCUGGGCAACUUCCACAGCUAUAGAGGUGAAUACUCCCAGGCUUUACAGUACUAUCAGCAGUACUUGGUCCUGGCUCCUAGCCUUCAGGACCUGGAGGAAGAGGGCAAAGUUUGCCACAACCUCGGCUACGCCCACUUCUGCCUGGGACAGUACCAGGACGCUGUCAGGUCAGAACUUCAGCUCACAAAAGUCAAUAAAGAUUUGCCUCAGAUCAAUAACACACUUCUUAUGAGCUGUCUUGUACUUGCCAGAUACUAUCAGCAAGACCUGGCCUUGGCCAAAGACCUGCAGGACAAGUUGGCCCAGACUAAAGCCUACUGUAACCUGGGCUUAGCCCACAAAGCCUUGGGGGAGUUCAGCAGAGCAGAAGAGUGUUACAGUUACCUUCUCUUGCUAGCACAAGCUUUAGACAAUACACAGGCAGUCUUCAGGGCUUUGGGGAACCUUGGAGAUAUCAGUGUUUGUCAGGGGGAUCUUCCAAGAGCAGUCAGCUUCUACCAGCAGCAAUUAUCUCUAGCUCAGGAGAUCUCAGAUCAGAAGAUGGAGGCUGACGCCUACUCUGCUCUAGGAUCAGUUCACAGGAUGCUUGGCCAGCUGGACGCUUCCUUGUCCUUCCACAGCCAGGAGCUCACCCUGCGAAAAGAUCUGGGCGACCCUCAGGGAGAAUGCCACGCCCUGGGUCACCUGGCUGCCGUGCACAUGGCCCUGGGAGACUACAGCACGACCCUGCAGUGCUACGAGGCUCAGCUGGGCCUGGCUCAGAGGCUCCACGAUGCCCGUCUGGAGGCCCAGGUUCACGGGAACAUGGGCAUCACCAAGAUAAACAUGGGGCUCUUUGAGGAGGCCAUUGGCUUCUUUGAGCAGCAGCUGGCCACACUGCAACAGCUGAGUGCGAGGGAGGGCGUGUCAGAUCGAGGAAGGGCUUACGGGAACCUAGCUGACUGCUACAAUGCCCUGGGAGACUUUGAGGAAGCCAUUCAGUGUUACGACAAGUCCCUGACCGUGGCUCAAAAUUUCAACCAUGUCCAGGACCAGGAAAAAGCCUACAGAGGACUUGGCAAUGCUCACAGGUCUGUCGGCAACCUCCAGCAAGCGUUGGUGUGCUUUGAGAAGAGGCUGGUGGUGGCCCACCAGCUGGGCGGGGCAGCGGGAGGCAAGGCGCAGGCUUAUAGCGAGCUGGGCGCUCUGCACAGCCAGCUGGGAAACUACGAGCAGGCCCUGUCCUGCCUGGAACAUCAGCUCAACAUCGCCCGCUCAGCUGGGGAUAAAUCCCUGGAAGCAGAGGCCAGCGAUGCACUUGGUGGCGUUUAUCAGCUGAUGGCUGACUACGAGACGGCAAGACAGUGGCAUCAAAGAGCUUUGGACAUAGCAGAGCAGACAGGCUGCAUGAAGAACCAGGCCCGAGCCUACGGGAACCUGGGCCUGACCUAUGAAGCGAUGGGGAACUACGAAAGGGCCCUGGUCUUCCAGGAGCAGCACCUGAGUGUGGCAGCGCAAAACAACAACCUGGCAGCCAAAACGCUGGCCUAUGCAAGCCUGGGAAGGAUCCACCAUGCUCUGCACAACUACACACAGGCUGUCAUGUACCUGCAAGAAGGUCUGCGCCUGGCUGAGCAGUUAGCUCACAAAGAAGAUGAAGCCAAGAUACGCCAUCGCCUUGGCUUGUCUUUGUGGGCUGCUGGAAACAUGGACGAGGCCCAGCACCAGUUGUACAGAGCGUCAGUUUUAUUUGAGACAAUCCGCCACGAGACGCAGCACAGUUCAGACUACAAACUCUCGCUGUUUGAUCUUCAAACCAGCUCCUACCAGUCUCUCCAGAGAGUCCUUGUCAGCCUGGGCCGCCAAGAGGAGGCGCUGGCCAUAGCGGAGCGAGGGCGAACGCGGGCCUUCGCAGACCUACUGGUAGAGCGUCAGAAAGGACGGCAGCCGGCGGCGGGCUCAGACCCAUACACCCCCGUCACAGUGGAGCACAUCCUGCAGACCGUCAAUUCCCAGAAGGCCAUGGUGCUGUACUUCUCUCUGGCGGGGGGCUUCCUUUACAGUUGGCUCAUGUCUCCUGGUGCAGGUAUCAUCAAGUUCCACCAGGUUUGUCUCGGAGAGGCCGGAGCUGACACGUCAGAGUUCCAAGAUGGCGGUCUGAGCCCGCAGGGUGGUGGUCCGUUUUCUCUGGAUCAGUACGUCUUCAACGUCAGAGAGGUUCUGGGUGUUGAUGGACAUCUCAGCAGGCUUCAUCAAGGCAGCGAGACUGAGAGUGAAGCAGGAGAUGUUCUGGAUCAACACUUUGAUGAUCUGAACAUGAAAAAGAGUGAAGAUGACGACCCCAAAGGCUACCUGCGCAUGGUGUCACGGAACAACGUCUUUAACAGAAGCUGUCGGAGCGUGAGCAGCCUAAACUCAGUGUCUUCAUUGAAGGAUGGAUCAUCUUCUCCUUCCUGCUGGCUGGCAAUCAAAUCUCCUCUGCGGGCCCUUUACGACUUACUCAUCGCACCGAUGGAGGCGGCCCUGAUGCACGGCGGCGGGCCUGUGGGCCGACACAGGCAGCUGGUUCUAGUCCUGGAGGGAGACUUGUACCUGGUGCCCUUUGCCUUGCUCAAAGGCAGCUCCUCUAACGAGUAUCUCUAUGAGAUGUUUAGUCUCGUUUGCGUGCCGUCGUUGGCGAGUCUGCAAGGCUCCAUGAAGCCACGCCCACGCCUUGAAGGCCCCUUGUCAUGCUGCGAUGGCGGUUCAGUGGCCGCCGUGGUGGGGGCACCACGCCUGCCCCCUGGCCUGAUGAGGCGCUGGCUGUGGGGGCCGCUACCUUCCGCCCAGGACGAGGCUCUGUGGCUGGGGGAGCAGCUAGGGUGUCGCCCGCUCACCGGAGUCAACGCCACAAAGGAGAGGGCCCUCGCCGCUCUGACGCGGGCAGAGUGCGUUCACUUGGCCACUCACGUCUCCUGGAAGCUCGCCGCCUUGGUCCUCGCGCCCAGCAGGGAACACAACACUCAGCAAGAGCUGAAGAUGGCGUCAGCUGGAGGCCAAGAUGGAGGCUCGUACGUGGUGAGAGACGAGGAGAGCGUCUGUGAGAGUACGCCGCUUCAAGACAUCCUCCUCACGGCAGCAGACAUCUUGGAGCUCAACCUCAACGUCAAACUGGUGGUCCUCAGGUCGUACCCCGAGUCCAGUGGCAGAGUGACAGCAGAUGGCGUGGUGGGCCUGACGCGAGCUUUCCUGACGGCGGGGGUCCACUGCGUUUGCGUGUCGCUGUGGCCUACGCCGGCCGCUGCCUCCAAGCUGUUCACACAAACCUUCUACGCUGCCCUCCUCAAUGGGACCACAGCCAGCAUCGCUUUGAGUGAGGCCAUGAGGACGCUCCAGACCUCCAAGAGCUUCUCGCACCCUUCCAACUGGGCAGGCUACCUUCUGAUUGGCAGCGACGUCAAAGUGAAUAGUCCCAUGUCUUUGGUCAGACAAGCCCUGGCAGAGAUCCUCCAGCACACAGAACGAGCCAGGGACGCCCUCAGAGUGCUCCUCCACCUAGUGGAGAAAUCUUUGCAGCGUAUUCACAACGGCCAGUCCAACCCAAUGUACACAUCACAGCAGAGUGUGGACAACAAAGUGGGGGGAGUGCCCGGGUGGCGAGCCCUGCUGUCUGCAGUAGGCUUCCGCUUGGACCUGGGCAGCGCUGGUCUCCCUGCAGCUGUGUUCUUCCCCACAUCAGACCCAGGAGAGCGUCUUCAGCAAUGCAGUAUCACUCUGCAGUCCCUGCUCGGACUCGGUCCUGCAGCUCUCCAGGCUCUCUGCAAAGUGGUGACAGCACCUGAAGCUGGAGAGCAGCUCAUACACAAGCUUCACCAAGUGCUGGUACAGCUGCAGUCAGCUGACAAGGAGCACGACUUCUCAUUGGCUCCCAUCCAAGUGUCCAUCAGCGUGCAACUGUGGAGGCUGCCGGGCUGCCACGAGUUCCUCGCUGCACUUGGUUUUGACCUUUGCGAAGUGGGUCAGGAGGAGGUCGUGCUGAAGACGGGGAAGCAGGCCAGCAGGAGGGUCAUGCACUUUGCCCUCCAGGCUCUGCUGGCUCUCUUUGACUCCACAGAGCUUUCCAAGCGUCUAAGCAUGGACAGCUCCUCCUCUCUGGAGUCCCUCUCCUCCUCUUCGCAGUCGACGCCCCAGCCUCCAUCUUUCCCCGCCUCCCUCAGCUGCUCCCCGCCUCGGCCCUCCUUGCCGCCUCCGGUUUGCCCGGACGCGCUGUCCUCUGACGCCAUCUCAGUCUACAGCCUCAGCUCGCUCACCUCCUCCCUCAGCUUCCUAUCGCGGCCCGAGCCUGCAGGAAGUGACAUCAUCAGCCAGCGCUCGCAUCCACAGGAGUCGGUGGAGGGGCCUCGUGGAGGGGCGGGGCUCUGCCCCUCACACCGUCGCCCAGGAGGCCAAGCGAGGCAGCUGACCAAUCACGGCAAAGGAGAGGCGGGCAACGACAGCUAUGAGGGAUACUCCAUUAUCAGCAGCGAGCCUCUGAGGCGAGGGGGAAUGGAAUGUGACACUCUGCCGCCACCUGCAGGGCACCACCAAGGCAGAGGUGGCGCUGGGGGAGGCUCCAUCACAACGUCCUCCAGGGGAAGCGCCAGCAUGCCAACAUCUCCAAAAAAGGCUCCUCCACCUCCAGUUCCCACCAAACCCAAACAGGAAUUGAUGGGUAAAGCCAAGAUGAGCAGCUCUGAGUCGGAGCACUCCAGUACGGAGACAGACAGUACCAUCAAGUCCCAGGAGGAAAGACGCGGGCCUGCAGGGCAACUGGACCCACAGGAACUAGCACGAAAGAUCCUUGAGGAGACCCAGAGCCACAUGAAAGCUGUGGAGAACCUGCAGAGAGCUCCAGGGAGGGCCCCCAGAAGGGACGAGGGGAGGCAGCACUCUCUGUCCACCCCCACCACCCCGAUCCUCACAAGGGGGGCACGGACCUUUCAGGCCUCUGAGACCAGCGCCUUCAGCAGACCUCCGAGCAGGGCGAGUCUAACAGUUCUGUCCUCCCCUCAUCCCCGCCGAAGUCCGCUCUCGCCCAAAGCGUCCCGGCCAAAGCCGCCAACCCGCUCCUCCUCCCUGCAGAAGCUCGCACCUUCCUCGUCACCUGUCACAGCGUCUCAGCUCAGACUUCAAGACGCUACCUCACCUUGCAACACCAAAGGACCCGCUCCCAGCCCAGCAAAAACGUCCAAAGUGAAGCAAGAUGGUAACGUUCCUCAGUCAAAAAGUUUCAAGAUGGUCCACAAACAGGAGGGGGCUUGCCCUGCUUGCGUACUUCCUGGUGGGGGGAAGAAAAUGAGCACAGUGCAGAAAGAUGUUUUGGGUUUGUUGAACCUCUCGCCCCGACAGGACCCAUUCGAGCGUGGCAACGAGGCCAAACCUCCUCCUGCCUCCAAAACUCCACCAAACACUAAGUUUCCUUCUGGAAAAAACUUGAAGUUUCUAGCAGGACAUUUUUUCCCUUCUUCUAAAUGUUGACACUUCAUUAUACAAGUCCUUCCUCUUCGGUUCCUGUGGUGAUGCUGGUAGGACCUAAUGGGCUGAGAAGGGUUAGAGUAGAAGGUUCUUCUAAAAUACCUUGGAGAGAUGUGAUGAGGAUGUAGCUUUGGUUGUAACGAAUGUUAAGCGUGUCUUAAAGGGGAAGUAAGACAACACAGAAUGCUGAAGUUAGACUUUAUACCCUCUGCUUUUAUAAAAUACAAACUCUGUCAUGAACUGUAACGUGAACUGUAAUGAACUGUAAUAUUUCAUAUUAAGUCUUUAUACUUUGAUCAUACUUUGAUUUAAACUAUCCGACGCCUGCUGAGACCACAAUAAAGAUUUAUAUUUCAUUUUUUCACU